CGGCCCGGGAACAAGACGCUUGCUGCCGGCGGUGUGAGUGAAACUCGACGUGUGCCCUGCCGCGAAGAUGGAGGGACCCUUGUCCGUGUUCGGGGACCGCAGCACUGGGGAGGCGAUCCGCUCCCAGAACGAAAGGGCCCCCCGGGUGGCACAGGCGGCGUCUCUUACCCGCGGCGGGUCUCGGCGCUUCGGGGCGGCAGCGCCCUCUUCCCGGAGCGCGGCAUUCCCGAGGGCGCAGCGCGGUUUUAACUAGAGCUGCCCGGAUGCUGCGGUCGUGAGGCUGGCGAGGCGCGCCCCGACCUGGAGGGCGGGCUCCGCGCACCGACACGUGCCGCCGCGCCUCGAGUCCCAGAGGACCGGGUGCCCUGCGCCCUUUUGUCUUGAUGCUAAUCAGGAAGGGUGUCCACCGCAAUCUCUGGGUCUCCUUUUAGGGCCAUUCACCAGGAAGAACUGGCUUUACCGGCUCGUUUUACUGAGGGGCGAAUGGCCAUCGGCCACUCUUCAAGACGACUUGCCCGUGGUCCCCCUGCAGAUUCAGUCUGUACCGCACCUGUCGCUGACCACUUCUUGUAACAAAGCUAGUUGACGAAGUUUUUGUUGAAUGUUAAAUGAUAAACACAUUUUAUCUAGUAGAUUUUAACCGCUUAAAGCAUUGUUGAGAUGGUUUACAUUUCAGAAGUCACGAAUGCCAGUCCCUCGUACUGUCAUUUGAUAGAUUCCUAUUUUUGUCAUGAACAAAUUUGAAGUAUAGUCAGAACCUUUGGCUUACCGCUUUUUUGAUUCACAAAGUCUUGUUAAUUUUAAUAGAACUUUUUUUUUCUUAAACCUGCCGGAGUCUGAAGGAAAAGGCUGAUACGUAUCUAUUUUUGUUCUGUGUGGAGUGGCAGAAUCUGGAAUGUCGAAGAGUAGAUUAUGUUUUAAUUUUAUGAGACAAUAAAGUGGGUACUCUCUACAACACUUGGCGUCCCCUUGGCGGUUGAAUUCAGACUGUGUUAGUAGCCACUCCCCUCCCCAUAUUAGACUUUUAAUAGCUAAUUUUCAAAUUGGUCGGAUUUGUAGAUUUGAAAAAUUCAGAGGCUGUUUCAUGUCACUUCUUUUAGGCUGAAAUGAUUGUCCUUGGAAUCAAGGAUUUUCUAAUUUCUUUCUUUCAUUUCUGCAGUCAUGGCUGCAGCUUCGAUUGCCAAUAUUGUGAAAAGUUCUCUUGGUCCAGUUGGCUUGGAUAAAAUGUUAGUGGAUGAUAUUGGUGAUGUAACCAUUACUAAUGAUGGUGCGACCAUCCUGAAGUUACUGGAGGUGGAACACCCUGCAGCCAGAGUUCUUUGCGAGCUUGCUGACCUGCAAGACAAAGAAGUGGGAGACGGAACUACCUCCGUGGUUAUUAUUGCCGCAGAACUUCUAAAAAAUGCAGAUGAACUUGUCAAACAGAAAAUUCAUCCCACAUCAGUUAUUAGUGGCUAUCGACUUGCUUGCAAGGAAGCAGUGCGUUAUAUCAGUGAGAAUCUAAUUAUUAACACUGAUGAACUUGGAAAGGAUUGCCUGAUCAAUGCUGCUAAGACAUCGAUGUCUUCCAAAAUCAUUGGAAUAAGUGGAGAUUUCUUUGCUAAUAUGGUGGUAGACGCUGUACUUGCUGUUAAAUACACGGAUGUCAGAGGCCAGCCUCGCUAUCCAGUCAAUUCUAUUAAUAUUCUGAAAGCCCAUGGGAGAAGUCAGAUGGAGAGUAUGCUCAUCAAUGGCUAUGCACUCAACUGUGUGGUGGGAUCCCAGGGCAUGCCCAAGAGAAUAGUGAAUGCAAAAAUUGCUUGCCUUGACUUCAGCCUGCAGAAAACAAAAAUGAAGCUUGGUGUACAAGUGGUUAUUACAGACCCUGAAAAACUGGACCAAAUUAGACAGAGAGAGUCAGAUAUCACCAAGGAGCGAAUCCAGAAGAUCCUGGCAACUGGUGCCAAUGUUAUUCUAACCACUGGUGGAAUUGACGACAUGUGUCUGAAGUAUUUUGUGGAGACUGGUGCUAUGGCAGUUCGAAGAGUUUUAAAAAGGGACCUUAAACGCGUUGCUAAAGCUUCCGGAGCAACUAUUCUGUCGACCCUGGCCAAUUUGGAAGGUGAAGAAACUUUUGAAGCUUCAAUGUUGGGACAAGCAGAAGAGGUGGUACAGGAGAGAAUUUGCGAUGAUGAACUCAUCUUGAUUAAAAACACUAAGGCUCGUACCUCUGCGUCGGUCAUCUUACGCGGCGCAAACGAUUUCAUGUGUGACGAGAUGGAGCGCUCUUUACAUGAUGCACUUUGUGUGGUGAAGAGAGUUUUGGAGUCGAAAUCUGUGGUUCCUGGUGGCGGCGCCGUAGAAGCGGCCCUGUCCAUAUACCUCGAAAACUACGCAACCAGCAUGGGCUCCCGGGAGCAGCUUGCUAUUGCCGAGUUCGCAAGGUCUCUUCUUGUUAUUCCCAACACUCUGGCCGUUAAUGCUGCCCAAGACUCCAUAGAUCUGGUUGCAAAAUUAAGAGCUUUUCAUAAUGAGGCUCAAGUUAACCCAGAACGCAAAAAUCUCAAAUGGAUUGGUCUUGACUUGGUCAAUGGUAAACCCCGAGACAACAAACAAGCAGGGGUGUUUGAACCAACCAUAGUUAAAGUUAAAAGUUUGAAAUUUGCAACUGAAGCUGCAAUUACCAUUCUUCGAAUUGAUGAUCUUAUUAAAUUACACCCAGAAAGCAAAGAUGAUAAGCAUGGAGGUUACGAAGAUGCUGUUCACUCUGGAGCCCUUGAUGACUGAUGUCUUUUAUUUAUGACAAUGUUAGAUGCAUUUAUCUUGUUGUACCUCGAGUAUUACACAUUAAAGUGCAAAAAGCUGUCAA